AUGCAGAAAAAACACAAAUCGCGUUCUUUUCCUCCUCUAAACCGCUGGCCGGCCGAUGUCUUCCACCAAGUGAUGCGAUUUGCAGCGUUGCCGGAUUUCGUGAAUGGCCAGAACCCUUACGAAACUGCGCUGGCUCUGACCAGGGUGUCGAGCGACGUCCGACGUGCGGCUAUGCCCGGCUUUCUCCACACUGUCGUGAUCUCCAACCCCAGGCAGCUUUACGCGUUCCUCGAAGCAGUUCGCCGCUCGCGCUCUCAGCGCCAGCCCCACCGUCUGGACAUCCACUGUGACUACGCCCAGAUGGUCCGCCGCUUCUGGUGCACGGAUGGCCCGCACCGCCUCCUCAGCGACCCUACUGUGCUUGACUACGCGACACUGUACGACGUCAUCAGGAAUGUCGACUCGCUGGGUAUGACCUUCGUGUCCCUGCCGAUGCUCACCGACUGCUUUGCCGAAGGGAGGAACAUCCAAAAGGAGUGGAAGUGCCGCAGCCUCGUUCUCGUGGGACCUGGCGACCGAUGGAACCCGUUGGUGAAGUCGCCUGAGGGAGUUGUCCUUUUGUCCAAGCUCACUCAUCUAGUUGUGUACAACUUGGAUGGCGUCUCCAAUGAGACUCCCUACCCGCCUGCAGUCGCUCGAAUUCCUUUCGCUGCGAUGCCGAGCUUAACCCACUUCGCGUUCCCGAUGUUGGCCCAAGCCCGAGGGGGAAUCUUACCGAUGGCUGCGAUCGUGAGCGCAGACCGCCAAGCUUUGCACCAGUUCGUGAAGGCGCCGGCCAAUAAUAGCACCCCCUCGUAUAUUCGACCUCCUCGAUGGGAUCAACACGGAAUCGACUGGGAGGCGGCAUUUGGAGUAGCAGAACCCGAACAGAUUUGGCGCCGAGCUACUCUGGAAGACGAGAGGAAGCAGCAACUAGUAAAGGGAAGAAAGUGA